AUGUCCUUACUGUUACACACCAAGGAAACAAACAAUACCCUUUACCCUGGCUGCAUUGCCACAACAGGGUUGUUCAGAGAACACAUUCCCUUGUUCAGACUUCUCUUCCCUCCCUUCCAAAAGUACAUAACCAAAGGCUUUGUCUCAGAAGAUGAAUCAGGAAAGAGACUUGCACAGGUUGUGAGUGAUCCAAGCCUAACAAAAUCAAGUGUUUACUGGAGCUGGAACAAGGCUUCUACUUCAUUUGAAAACCAAUUGUCACAAGAGGCCAGUGAUGUAGAUAAGGCUCGCAAGGUUUGGGAGAUUAGUGAGAAACUUGUUGGUUUGGCUUAAGUGGAAGAAGCUUUCAACACUCAUCUUGAUUCAGGGACAUUUUUCAUGGAGUUCAAUAACAUCUCAGAAG